AUGGUUACGUUUAGAAAUGAGAAUCUAAGGAAGCGUUGGAAUGCCGUACUUGAGACAACUAAUCACAGACGUUUGGCUUUCGAACAGGCGCUUCUCGACAGUAGCGCGUUUGACGAAGCCAUCCUAGAACUAGAGUCUUGGAUCGAUGUUGAAUUAGCUAAAAAUGCAGCGAGUGACGGACGUGUGCAUGGCGAUGUGGACACUGUGAAAACCCUUGUAGAUGAACACAGGAAGCGCGAAGCCGAAAGAUUAUCUAAGAAGAGAGGAUUAGAUACCGUAAUGAGCAAGGCAGCUAAGCUGUCUUCCAGCGAUAAUGAUGAGAACAGCCACAUCAAUGAAGUGUGCAGCCGAGUAAAUAUGAAAUGGGAACAACUGGAAGAGCAAGCUCGUGCUCGGUCUGAAGCUCUCGAAGACGCGACUAAACGAGCUGCUGAUUUUGAUAGGAGGGUCCAUGAUAUUCUUGACUGGCUCGUGGAGACGGAGGGAAAACUUGCGAUGUCCACAAGCGAUUAUGCCAUCGCAUUGUCCCGAGUGGAGGAUAUCAAGACUGAACUUCAUAACAACCGCGAGAGGCGCGAUUCCUGCCUUGAUGCUGGUCGUGAAAUUCAAGCAAAAUGCCAUCCCCGUGCUGAACAACCCAUGAAGCAUUGGUUACGGGUUGUAGAGAACAGAUGGAGGGAAGUCGAAGAAAAAGCAUCCGAGCGCGAGUUUAGCCUUCUAGAGCAACAGCAACAGGAAAAAGAGCGAGAAGAGGCUCUUUUCGAAUUGCUGGAGUUCGUGGCCCAAAAAAGAGAGGAACUGAACAAGAUGCUUGCUCAAGCACUUCCUCAAGACCUAGACUCUAUGGGCAAAGCUCAGGCGGAGCAGGAGAAAUUCGAUAAUGAGCUGCGAGAAAAGCAAGCACAGGUUGAUGGUGCG